AUGAACGACUGUAUCAUCACCCCCAUACGCCUGAACGUGAAGGUAUCCAACAGGAGUCAAUACGCUGGAGCAAAAGCAACCAUCGACUCGGCCUGCGAAGGGGUUAUAGUAAACGAAACUUGGGUCAAGAGACAUCGUUUCCCCACCUAUACACUCAACAACCCCAUUCGCGUCCGGAACGUCGAUGACACCAUUAACAAAGCAGGUCUCAUCCGAUCCGCCUUGGAUGUGAACCUCACCAUUCGGGACAUCAGUGGACGAACGCAUACUGAGCGCGUCCAGAUGUUUAUCUCCAAUCUAGGGAAAGACGACCUUAUCCUGGGAACAGAUUGGCUGAAAUACCACGAUCCCUCCAUCGAAUGGAGG